AUCGAGUGCUAAUAUUCAAGCAUUUAUGAAAUAUUCGAACUUAAAAAUCGAUCUUAUUAUCAAUGAGAAGUUUUUAUUUACAUUGUUUAUUAACAUUGUUGUUUAGUUUCUUGAUGUUAGCAUACAAAUUUAAUGAUCUGAUCAAUCAGUACAUAAAUAUCUAAAUAUCUAUUUGGACGAAGCAAAUGAUGCAGCGCGAUUUUUUUCAACUUGAAAACAUAUGUUAAGUGUUCCCAAAUGCCCAAAGAACAAUUGGAUACACUUUUGAGUAGGUAAACUUUCAACGCCAGCGAAUGAAUUCGAGUCAUUUAAUUUCUCUGUUAUAUUUUUAAACUUAGAUUGAAGCAGAUUAAACAAUGAGUGAAAUUUAAAAACGAAUCGCUGCUCGAUCUAUCAUCAAAUUAGUUUUUGUUUAGUUUGCACAGUUAUUAUUCGAAAGUGGCUCCUAAAUUCGACCAUCUCCACUGUGUGUAACUUCUUUUUAGUACUGAUUGAUGUGUCAUUGUAAGUGUCACACAUCCAAAAGAAAAGUGAAUCUGACAGAAUGACAGUUCAAAUGAUUUACUAUUUUUAAAAGACGUAAUCAAACGGAAUGAUAUAAUGGAAGUGCCAAACAAAGUUAUUAAAACUGAAUUUGAGCAAUUUGCCAUUGCAAACAUAAAAAAAGAGCCUGAUAUAAUUGAAAUAGACGAAGAGAUAUUUUUGAAUGAGAUUUCUACGCCAUCGAAAGAGCUCAUCGGUCCUAAUAUCGACGAAUCAUUUGUAGAUGCCAUCGUUCACGAUGAACUUGUUAAAGAAGAAUAUGUGUUUUACGAUGCAAAUGAAUUGCAAUUUUUGCCUAUACAAGAGGUUGAAGAAGCAUCCAAAACAAGCAAAAAUAUUGGUCAUACUACAAAUCCUCCUGGAUCUGGUUUGAGUAAACAAUCAGAACAAAAGAAAUGUUUUGAAUGUUACAUAUGCAGAACCCAGACAGAAAAUAUUGUUUUCUUGAAGUGGCACUUACAAGAACGGCAUCAUUCAUUGCAAAGUCAACGAUUACAAAAGCAGAACAUGAAAAAGGAAAACAUGGAAAAACAAACGUCGAAAAAAAGAAAAUUGAUGGAGAAUUCGAAAGAGAACGAACUGAAAAAAUGGAAAUUGAAAAAACAAAUAUCAAAACAACAGUAUCUGCAAGAGAGUCAUCAACAAGGUAAUCAACAUGAACGAGGACACAGUUUACUAAUUGCAACUACUGAAAAUAUAUUUGAAUGUUCAUAUUGCCGAAGAAAAUUUAAUACCAUGCAACGUUGUCAAAAUCAUGAGAGAAUCCAUACGAACAAAAAACCAUUUAAAUGCCCUGUUUGCCUUAAGUACUACAACACCAAAGAUUCAAUGGCAUUACAUUUGAGAAUACACAGCGGAGAAAAGCCAUAUUCAUGUGAAAAAUGUAAUAUGAAAUUUAGAUUAAAAUGUCAACGUGAUCGUCAUCACAUUAAGGCCCACAUCAAAGGAUUUGCUUUAAAGGAACCAAAAAAAGUACAACUAAUCAAAGUUUUCAAUAGCUAUGAUGAAGAUAAAAUAUCGAUAUCGAACUAUCAAAUUUUCGAAUGUUAUUUGUGUUCGCUUACUUUUAGCAACAAAAGACUUCUUUUGAAACUGCACAUGAAAGAAAAACAUACAGGCGAAAAAGUGUUUCAAUGUAAAACUUGCUUCAAAAAACUUUUGGAUAAAUAUACAUUUCAAAAGCACAUACAAACACAUUCAAUACAAUUUGAAUGUCAAAUUUGUGGAAAAGGAUUUGCGCGGAAGGAAGGAUUAACUAUUCACAUGCAGUUUCACACCGGUUCAUUUAACUAUAAAUGUAACUUCUGUUCUAAGCAAUUUUCAAAGAAAUACAAUUUAAAUAUUCAUGUUAGAAUUCACACUGGAACAAAGCCGUUCAAGUGUGAAAUAUGUGAAAAACGAUUUGUCAAAAGAAGUGAUUUGGUUCGACACGCUCGCACUCAUACCGGCGAAAGACCCUUCAGAUGCAAUAUGUGUCAAAUGGCUUUUACGCGCAAUCAUUUAUUAUCAG